CUCAAUUGCUCCAUAACUGCUUUAUUUUCCUUAUAAAAGCAGCAUUUCUCACUUUGAAAACAUAUCCUAAGACUGAUAACAAUUACUACUCACUAGUAUUUAAGAGAGGGAAAGUUUGUUCCAACAUCGAUAAACCCAAAACCAAGGCCUCCUUUCUUUUCUUCCUUGCAGACUCAUCAUGCCUUCUUAUUCUUUUUCUUCCAGUAAUUGGGUUCUGAAACAUGUAUCAAUUUUACUUGUUUUGUUCCUUAGCCUUAGUUGUUCAACCUCUGAAACUCUCACUCCCUCACUCUUGGACUUUGUGGUUACCAACACCACAGUCCUACACAGCAAUUUCACAGCGGUAUCAGAUUUCAGAAUGAUAAACAGACGAAUUUUGAAGGGUUGUUCUGCUUCAAAUCCCUUUGUUAAAGUCAAUGUCACCUCAAAUUCUAGUUUUUCGGAUGACGAGUUCGUGACGGUCACUGUCACCGGGGUUUCCAGUCCUUCAGCCGGUGAUUGGGUUGCUAUGAUCUCACCUUCCACUUCUGAUGUGAAAAAUUGUAUUCUGAAUGAGGUCUACUAUCUGCAAACUGGUGAUACGGCCAAGCUUCCUCUGCUUUGCCAUUACCCUGUCAAGGCACAAUACAUGAAAAAUGAUCCAAAUUACCUCAGUUGCAAAAAGAAAGAAUGUAAGACAUUCCAAAAUGGGAAAUGUGAUGUCUCAACAUGCAGUGGUUCACUACAGUUUCAUGUUAUCAACAUUAGAAGUGACAUCGAGUUCGUGUUCUUCUCUGGUGGAUUCGUGAAACCAUGCCUUGUGGGAAGGUCCACGCCUGUGAGCUUUGCUAAUCCUAAGAGGCCACUCUAUGGACAUAUUUCAAGCAUAGAUUCAACUGGAACAUCAAUGAGAUUGACAUGGGUUAGUGGAGACAAGGAGCCUCAGCAAAUCCAAUAUGGAAAUGGAAAAACAGUUACUUCAGCAGUCACUACAUUUUCACAGGAUGAUAUGUGCAGUUCUACGCUGCCAAGUCCUGCUAAGGAUUUCGGAUGGCAUGAUCCAGGAUACAUCCACUCAGCACUUAUGACUGGACUUAAGCCUUCAAGCACCUUCUCCUACAGAUAUGGAAGUGGCUCCGUUGGUUGGAGUGAAGAAAUCAAAUUUUCAACUCCACCCGCUGGAGGAUUAGAUGAGCUCAGAUUCAUUGCAUUUGGUGAUAUGGGCAAGACUCCUCUUGAUGCUUCAGAAGAACACUACAUUCAGCCAGGAGCUCUUUCUGUGAUUAAAGCCAUAGCCAAUGAUGUAAAUUCCAACAAUAUAAAUUCAGUCUUUCACAUCGGAGACAUAAGCUAUGCAACAGGUUUUCUAGCAGAAUGGGAUUACUUUCUUCACCUUAUCAACCCAGUAGCUUCCAGGAUUUCUUAUAUGACAGCAAUAGGGAACCAUGAGAGGGAUUAUAUAGAUUCUGGUUCAGUAUAUGUUACUCCUGACUCUGGUGGGGAAUGUGGAGUGCCUUAUGAAACAUACUUUCCAAUGCCAACUUCAGCAAAGGAUAAGCCUUGGUACUCAAUUGAACAAGGAAGUGUUCAUUUCACAGUAAUAUCAACUGAGCAUGCCUGGUCAGAGAAUUCUGAGCAGUAUGUGUGGAUGCAAAAGGACAUGACAUCAGUUAAUCGACAGAAAACACCUUGGCUAAUCUUCAUGGGACAUAGACCGAUGUACACCACCAACCAUGGAUUCGUACCUUCUGAAAACAAAUUUAUGAAAGCUGUGGAGCCAUUGCUAUUAGAAAAUAAGGUUGACUUGGUUCUUUUCGGCCAUGUGCACAAUUAUGAGAGAACUUGUUCCGUGUUUCAAAAUGAAUGUAAAUCCAUGCCUACAAAAGAUAAAAAUGGGAUGGACACAUAUGAUGGCAGAAAUUACAGUGCCCCUGUGCAUGCUGUCAUUGGCAUGGCUGGCUUCACCUUAGACAAGUUCUCAAACAAUGUGGAGAGCUGGAGCCUGAAAAGGAUUUCAGAGUUUGGCUAUUUAAGAGCACAUGCUACGAGGAAUGAUUUAAACUUGGAGUUUGUCAUCUCAGAUACAAGAGAAGUUAAGGACAGUUUCCACAUCACAAAGUAACAGCUCUCUCAAGAUAGAAAGCAUACAUAAGUGAAAGGUAUAUUAUAAAUAGAGACAUACAGACAAAUACACAAACAGAUGUUAUUGGAAGGCAAAGGAGAUCUACAGACCAACAAUUUCACUCUUGAUACUGUAUAUGGUUGUAAUUUUGUUUAGACUAUGAAUUCUUGUAGCUUUAACAUCUGUAUUUCUUGUCCAAAUCUGGAUGGAAGUUCUUUUUAAUGACAUUCACAAGUAAGCCUUUUUAUUAUUGACAAUCUUAAGAUGAAUUGAGGAGCGCACCCAUGGUCUGAUAGAAUUGAAGAAUGUAACACACAUGCACAGCAAUGCAAAUGUUUAAACACGA